AUGAGUAAACUGGAUAGUUCCGUCACCAUUAGAACGGCGAAGGUCAUGACCAAUAGGCUACUGUGCAGAAAACAGAUGAUCGUUGAUAUUUUGCAUCCGAACAAGGCCAGCGUGCCGAAGGUGCAAAUCGGUGAAGCGCUGGCGAAAAUGUAUAAAACCACGCCGGAUGUUGUCUUUUGCUACGGAUUUCAGUGCAAAUUCGGUGGUGGUAGAUCACGAGGCUUCGCCAAUAUCUACGAUACGAUGGAUUACGCGAAAAAAUUUGAGCCGAAGUAUCGCUUAGCCAGGAAAAAGCUCCUCGAAAUUAAAAAGAUGGGCAGAAAGCAGCGAAAGGAACGAAAGAACAGAAUGAAGAAGGUCCGAGGCACGAAGAAGGCCAAAGUAGGCACUCAGGCAGCCGGCAAAAAAGGAGAGUAG